GUUCAAUUCCAAGGGGGGUGAAAGAGGCAUAGCUGAAUUUAAUCAAGUCCAAUGUACAAUUCUAGCCUUUUUUUUGUUUAUCACACUCUCCAACGAAGUGACGACAGCCAUGUCUAAUGCGUACCCAGAGACGGACACUUUAUAAUUGGAUUUAAUCAGAAAGAUUUGUGGUUGUGCGUUGUAUGUGCGACCAAUUCUCAAUGUAUUAUAACACUUUCAAGGCAUGUGGAUUCAAGCUAUGUGGAUGUCAUACACUGGAAAGCAUAGAGGCCACAAGUGGACUGGGUAGUGAGGAGCCUCAACUAGAUCCUGAAGAGGAUGAUCAUCUAAGAUCGUUGGACACCAAGCAUCCACAUCUCCUAACCGGAGAGUUCUUAGUCAAGAGAAACAGUCGCAGUAAACCUCCAUUCCAGGGCAGGGUCUCACCUCCUACUUCUUACUUCAACCCUUGGGUCCUUCAGCCACAGCAGCUGAGGAAGAAACUAGAAUCCCUCCAGCAACAGGAGGAGGGUGGAGGGAACGACUGGAGGAAUGGCGUUCCGAAGCAGAUGAAGCCAGAACUGAUUGUUGUGGAUAUCUUUGACGAUAGCCAGGAAGUAUCUUGUGGUGAUAAAGAUUGUAAAAUGCCUCAAGAAAGUAUUAUGGAGGACCCUAUCAGUGAAUCUGUUGCCAACAUGGAUGCCUUAGAGGAUGUGUCCAGAGACCUAGAGGGUGAUGCGACUUUAGAGCAAUCUGGUAACAGUCCUCCUAGAUUUGUGCGUAGUGUCUCCAGCAUACCUUCAAGAAAUAGGCAAGUGUCUGUUGACUCUGUAAGUGGAGCCAAUCAAAGGACAGAGAAGCAUGCGAGGACUACUAACAAUAAUCGCAGAUCGCUCUCCCCACAGGCAAGAGAGUAUGCAUCAAGGCUCAAUGCCUCCGGGAAGCAGCGGUCUCAGUCUCAGGCAUCCAGUGGAGAGAACGAUGAUCAGCAGACUAACGGCUACAGGCAGCGCAAGAAGAGCCUGGCCCUUGCCAUGAACGAGGGUCGACUUGAAAUGAAGGAAGUGUGCAUGAGACCAUUGGAUGUGGACCUUGAUUUUCAUUUGAUUGCUCAGCUGAACCAGCUCAAUCGGGAAUUAAUGGAUCUAUCCAAAUCAGGAUCGUCCACGUCUCCAUCUUCACCAGGUGUAGGUGCCAACCAUAGUUUCUCUCUCCUUGAAAACAACAGUGAGAUCCUGGCUGAUGGUGAUACGAAGCACAGUGUAUCAAGUUCACCUCAGUCCCCUAACUCUUUACAGGUCCAACAAACAAAACAUUCUCCAGGAAAUGAUAUGUACAGUCCAAUAUCUUCUAGGAGAGGUAGGAGUCCUGUAGAAGCCAAGCAAAAAAAGUUUAGUUAUGAUUCGCCGAGGAGGAAGCAAUCUGAUGAAAAUGUAACUCCUGUUUUUUCUAGUAAGAAAUCAUCUCCUGAACAAAGAACAAUCUCUGAAAAUAGUAAGGAAUCCAAGUCGGUGUCACCCCGAGAAGUAAUCUCUCGGAUCAAAUCACGUUUCAGUAACCCCAAACUGACCAGGGGGUCACCACAAAGAAGCAGUGCUGGGAAAAUUGAAAUUCAAAUCUUGAGACCAAAUCUAGGAAACUCUGAGAACGAAUCUGGACCAUUCAAGAGAUCAGCAUCUCUUAGAAACGACUCUGACUCGAGAAAGACGUGGCCCAGCCUUGAAGCGUCUACUGAGGGCUACGAAGAGAACAGCCAGAGUCCGUCCGGACAGAGUCAUGUCUAUCGACGGAGUGAAUCCGAUGGACCGCUAGAGAGGCAACGGAAGAAGCCAGUUCUUCCGGACUCUAACCCUAUGAUAGAACAGAACCAUAACGCACCAGGUAGCAGUACUGAUAGUGGACUGGGCAAGGAUCAGAGGCAUUCCAAGUCAAGCGCAGAUUCAUUACUAGAGGAUUUCCAUGUUAGCAGCCAAGUUUCGUCUAGGUGUAACAGCAAUCCUCCCUCCAGACCCCUGUCGUCCGACACAGGUGAUCUGAGCUGGGAGAAAGGUCGCGACCUUUUGUCACCGAGAUUGAGAGGUUUUCCAGGCUAUCUAUCUAGUUCUACACCACAUAGUCCUACUAAUCUAACCCCAGCCACUGGUAGUAGAGAAGAUCUAUUGGAUGAUGGCUUCUCUAGACCAGAGAGUCAGGAGGACCUGCUGGGCAGUCGUGGCAACGGGAUGCGUGCCUCAGGGAGCAGCCAGGGAAGCAGUAUCAGCCAUGCCAUGCAAUCUGGGAUCAAACCACCAAAACCACGACAUAAACCCCUGAGGAGGUCAAAGACAGAUCUAGGUGAUCCAUCAAUCAUCAAAGCAGCAUUAACUCUUGCAAAGAUGCAAGGUGAUGAGACUCCCAAGGCUGUCGAGGGAUCAUCUCGAAUGCCAUCGGCGACGAAAAAGAGGCCGACUUCGGCGCUCGGCAUCAUGGGAAUACUGAACAGCGGUAGCGGCCGAGAGUCUCCAGUUACACAGGUUACUCAACCAGAUGGAAAGCCCUCACCACGCCUUCAACGAUCUCAACACCAGCCUGCCCCGGAGCCCUUAUCCCUGGUCGUCGAUAUCGAUGUAGAGCAAGAUAAAACCGUGAAUGAUCUUCCGCUGACUCCCCGGCCGAGAUCAAGGUCUCUUGGGUCUCUGGGCACCUUUGAGAUCCCUGACAUGGCGUUGAUGAAGAGGGCGCUAUCACUCCCAGCAGGUCUGGGAGAUGAUGAGGUGAUGAUGUCAGAUCCUGAUCUGAGUAAGAUCAAUGCAAGAAUGUCAGAGACAUUUGAGCAAUUCUGUGCAGCGACGUUGGCCGAGGCUCUCUUUGAUCAUGUGACCAUGGACGGGAACGAGCUUACGUUCCAGGCUGGGGACAUGAUAGAGAUCACCGAUAUGACCGACGCCUACUGGUGGUGGGGGUGUAUAGAUAAACAAGAGGGCUGGCUACCGGCGCCCUUUGUUAGACUGAAGGUCAGUCAGGGGGAAACGGUUGAAGAAUGCAUGUCACGCCUCCAGGUAAACACCUCGUCCAAUCAGCAGGGACUGAAACCUUCCCAUGAGCCUCUCAUCAGAAAGGUCAGCCUGAGCUUCCUCAGCAACGACCAGGUCCGGGCGAAUGUCAUCAAAGAGAUCAUAACCACCGAGAGGGAUUAUGUCAAGAACUUGGCUGACAUUUAUGAGGGCUACAUUGAGCAAGCACGGAGUAGACCUGACAUGUUCAACCAGACGCUCAUGUCCAAACUAUUCUGCAACAUCGAGGAGAUCUACUGUUUCCAGCAGCGUUUCCUGACGGACCUCGAGCAGUGUAUCGACAAUGAUUUACCUCAUAAGAGUGCGAUAGGGGACUGCUUCCUUAAAUAUAAAUUGACCUUUGACAUCUAUGGUGAAUACUGUAACAACUACCCUCAUGCAGUGAACGAGUUUCAAGAACUCAUGAAAGAUAACAAAUAUGUGCAAUUCUUUGAGGCCUGCCGUCUCCUUCAGUCCAUGAUCAAGAUCCAGCUCGAUGGCUUCCUCCUAACCCCGGUCCAGAAGAUCUGUAAAUACCCUCUCCAGCUCAACGAGCUUCUCAAGUACACCCGGCCGCAGCACCCCGACUUCCAGCCAUUGAAGAGCGCCCUCGAGGCCAUGCGAGAGGUUGCCCAGAGCAUCAACGAGAGGAAACGAAGGAUAGAGCAUAUCGAGAACAUUGCGCUGUGGCAGAAGACAAUAGGAGAUUGGGAGGGUGAUGAUGUCCUAGAUCGUAGUUCAAUGUUGAUCUACUCUGAUGAGGUGAAUCGUGUUAGCUUGACUGGUAGGCAUCGCACAUCGCCACGGCAACUGUUUUUAUUCGACCAUCAGCUCAUCAUCUGCAGAAAGUUAUGGGUAGAUGAGUGGAUAGAUAAAACGAGGAAAGGAGAAAUUAGCGGCAAGGAAUACCUGACUGCCUCGGUCUACAUGUGGCGUGACAUACUAAGGCGAGAUCUGUAUGUUUACAAAGACAGAAUAGAUCUAGAUGACUGUCAGAUUGAAGAUCUUCCAGACGGAAAAGAGAACGAAUGGAACGUGACGCUACGGUACGCCUGGAAGAUACAGAACUUCGAAGACCAGUCCAAGGUGUAUGUCUUCAUGUGUAGGAGUCGCAAGGAGAAGAGGAGAUGGCUGAGGCAUUUCGCCAAAGAGAGAAAGAUCGUCCACGAGGGUCUCACCAGAGUAAGUCAAGGUUCUCUUCGUAAAAAUCGACCCAAGAGAAGAUUUAAGAGUAGCAGUUUCAUGGCCGCAAAGGAAGCUGCCUUAAAAACAUCAACGACGAACAAGCCCAGUAAACCAACAGACAGAGUGAUGGUGAGAAGAGCACUAUCGAUGCCACAUCGGAAAGCGAGAGAUCCGAACGGCAAAGAACCUCCCUUACAGCUUCCAAGAAUGGCCUCUACGGAAGUAGAACCCGAUGUCAGCACGCCAAAGAAAAAAGGAAUCUCAUUGUUUGGUGUCCAGUUUGGAAAGAAAUGAGGUCACCUCUUCAAUAUCUGUGAUACUAUUGUGAUGGGAUGACUGAGCGCUCUCUGGAGUCCUCUGUGCGAUGUCGAGGAGUGGUCGUGAUUGGUCAAAUUAGACUGUCUGAAAAGGCGAAGACUCUUGUGGGACGGUUUAGUCUCAUAAUAUGGGACUCUGAAAGGAUCAGCUCCUGGAAUGUGGUCCAUCGUUGCUCUAUCGGUGAAAAAUAAAGCAUCGACAGUGUGGGAGCCGAUAUGGGAUUGUUGUGAAAAACGUCUGGAGCGUGCAUGCAUUAUUUCAUGGGAAUGCCUUGUAUGUUAUGCGUACAUCGUACAAUCAUGUUUUCAGUAAUACCAAGCCUCCAUAAGAUACACUGUAUUGGCCCCAUUUCCUAAAGACUUGUUAUAAGAACAAAUGCACAGUUUCUAUAACAAACUUACUAUCAGCCAAUCAGAUUAAAGGAUUUUGGUAGCUUUUAACUGUUAUUGCAAAUUUGUUCUUAUAACAAGUUUGAUUGAAAUGGGUCCCACGAUGUGAGGAAGCUAAGCAGAUUUUUCACGAACGUUCAGACGCGGCCCAUCGCAGAGAGAGUUUCGAUCAAACACAACUCCAAAAUAGAAUACAUAUACAUUUUCAACCGAUGGAAUGUGCUUAUUAGGGACUUGCGCUUGAUUUUUUUUUUAGUUGCAUACAAAUGAAACUCUUCAUGCAAUGGACCCACGAUGAGAUGAAUCGCCCGCCCUACUUGUGCUUGUGUAUGCGAUUGAAUGCUGCAACACGUCACUUGACGCCUCGCCGAUAUUGACUUUGCCAAGGUUCUAUGCUGAGCUGUGUUGUCCUUGUCUGAAUUGACCUGGGGGUGUGUCACAAAGACUUAAGCGUGACUUAGGCGGUGUUGCAAGAAAAUAUUUGCGAUCAAUUGCAAAUAUUCUGUUGCAUAACUUUACAACUGGUAGAUCAAUGUUAGUUAUACAUGUAGCAAAUCAGAUGAGACUUCUUGUUUCAAGGAGCACAUUAGCAAUCAAUCACUAAUUUGCUAUUAACUACAAGACAUGCAUGAUAGAUGUAGGGACCAAAAAUAGAUUUGCAAUUGAUCGCAAGUUUCUUGCAACACCCCCUAAGAGUCGCACUUAUGUUCUCUGUUGUGUGCAGUAUAGAAGGCAUCAUUCUCUGCACGACUGGUGAUCAUUUGUGCGGAAUGAUAUCACCUGAUAGCAUGUUGCAAUCGCGCGUACAGUCUAGCGUAAAUUUACGAACAGCUUUCCGACACACCCAUAGCUUCCUCAACUGCUUCAUGCGUCAUGGCAUGAUAGUUAAAUUUGAUAUUUCACGGGUUUACCAUGCAUUAUUUUGGUGUGCAUGUUUCUUGGGUGCAUCGAUCAAUUCACAGUAUUUCUCUGUAAUUUGUUAUUUGUAUGAAAACACACGUGUUAUAUUCAUUCCAUUGAAUAUUCCUAAUAAAGCAGUAUCAUACCUAUAAAUGAACCUCUAACUA